AAAACAAACAGAAGGAAAUCAAAGCCGUCUGCAACCCCGUCAUGAUGAAGGCCUACGGUGGCAUGUCUGGUAUGCCCGGUGGCCCUGGCGGCCCCGGCGGGCCUGGCGCCGCCCCCGGCGGACCCACUGUCGAGGAGGUUGACUAA